AAGGAAAGGAGGAAACCUCCGGGGUUUUUCCCAGCUCUGACGUCACAGAGGUGUUCAAAAAGCAAGCGCAGCCAGUCUCCGUGAGUCCAGGAUUCACCGGCAGCCUUAACCGAUGAAGGAGACUUGGAUACUCUGAUCUAAAAUUAAUAUCUAAUUCUGGAUUCAAUGCAUUUACCAUUUGGGUUCAGUAAUGAGCUGGCUCCUGAUCUGGGUCCUGCUUGUCGCCCGAUUACAUCAGGCUGUCUCCCUAAAUUCCUCCACUGCACCAGUCAUACCUGAGUCCACUACCCCUGAACCCUACAACCGGACUCAGUACUGUAAGUGGCCCUGCACCUGCCCCGAGACUCCACCGAGCUGCCCACCAGGUGUCAGUCUCAUCAUGGACGGCUGUGAAUGUUGUAGGGCCUGUGCCAAGCAGGUAGGGGAGAUAUGCAACGAGGCGGAUAACUGUGACCACCACCGCGGCCUUUACUGUGACUACAGCUCAGACAAGCCUAGGUACGAAAAAGGAGUAUGUGCAUAUCUACUCAGCACACGAUGUGUGUACAACGGAAUAAUCUAUCGGACCGGUCAGAGUUUUCAGCCUAACUGUAAAUACCAGUGUCUGUGUGUGAACGGGGCUAUCGGCUGCGUUCCGCUGUGCACGUAUGAGCCUCCGAGGGUGUGGUGCCCGACACCGCUGCGGGUCAAAAUACCCGGCCAGUGCUGCGAGCAGUGGAUCUGUGAGGAGCCCAAGAGAGGGCGCAAAGCAGCACCUCGACAUGCCAUGGCAGCUCUCUCGAGUGGAAAAAACUCUUGGCAGCAGGAUUGCAUGACUCAGACAACAUCGUGGAGUCCGUGCUCCAAGACCUGUGGUCGAGGAGUAUCUUUACGCAUUACUAAUGCCAACAAGCAGUGUCGGAUGGUCAAGGAAAGACGGCUUUGCAACAUUCGACCCUGUGAGGUGGACAUCACCAAGCACAUUAAGCCUGGGAAAAAGUGCCUCAACAUCUACAGGGAAGAUCAAGAGAGAAACUUCACCAUCUCAGGCUGCACCAGCAAGAAGCUCUACCGGCCGAAGUACUGUGGCGUGUGCACUGAUGAGCGCUGCUGCAUCCCUUACAAAUCCAAAACAGUGCAGGUGGAGUUCCAGUGCCCUGAUGGAGAUAUGAUCACUUGGCAGGUGAUGUGGAUUAAUGCCUGCUUCUGCAACCUCAGUUGCAAGAACCCCAAUGACAUCUUUGCAGAUUUAGAUCAGUAUUAUGAGAACCGAGAGAUUAUGAACUGAGGAACUGGGGACUAUCAUACGUUCUGGAGUCGACACAAUAAAAACGAUCAACCCAACAGAGAUGUUUUUUAUUCCAUAAUGCAGUAAACGCAAAACAUAUCACACUCGAUUACUGAAUUCAACUUUUUUACUCGAGGUCUAUAAAAUCUGGUGAUUCAUAUUAGUCAUAUUUCUGUUUUUUUGUGUGUACUUCAAUUUUUAAAAGUAGAUUUUAAAAUCGGUAAUUGUACUUUUACGAAGAACAAACCUGAUAAACUCGCAAGAAAGAAAGAUGGAGAUGGACAAGACAGAAGCCAGUGUUGCAGACCCAGAUAAACGCAAAAUGCAGUCGAAUCGAUAGUCGUCAGAUGCAGGUGCUUACUGUCUGAAAUCUGAAUCUGCAUUUAUGAUUUCUCUCCUUAUCAUAAAUAACAUUAUAACAUAACUUACAUUAGACUCAAGUCAUGGACUGGUGUGUUUUUAUUUUCUUUUUGUUAUUGCAAUUCUAUUUGUUAAGGUGUUCCAUACAAUUUUUCAUAUAGCCCCUUAUCCUUUUUGAACUACACUAGAAUUUCCCACACAACUAUUAAAAAAAAGUAACUCAGUAAACUAUACUUUCAGUACAUUUUUAAUGAGUUACUUAAUAUUUUUAUUUAAGUAGAUUUUUAGACUGGUAACUUUACUUGUACUUGGGUAAAUCUUCAUUGAUGUAACACUACUCUACAGAAUAUUUUAUAAUUUUUUCCACCUCUGUGUGUUGCUUUGAAAUAAAUAAAACUUCAAACGUAA